AUGACCCGCGUACAUAUCAAAAACGAUACAGACCAAGCAUUGCACAUCGCCUGGACUUCAGGCAUACCCUGGGCAUUCCAAAACGGCGUCCAACCGGGGGAGACAUUCACCAAACUCGACAUGCCGAGUUGGCUAUUCUCAAUAGAGAUCCGGGCUGCAUACGGGGAGGAGUUCUCGGGAGAUCAGUCUGCGGAGCAGGCAAAGACGAUGGGGAUGGCGUGUGCGGCUGGGACGGGUAGUAUGCUGUUGGGGGCGGUGAGUGCUCUAGGCGCUCUGAGAGGCGCGAUAGCACCAGCUGCAGCGGGAUUGGUUGGAGCACGAGGUUUACUUGAAAUGACCUCUAGAGGAGGGCAGGCGUUCGCGACAGAAAGAGGAGGGUUUCUGUUGCGCCAGGGGAACGUAUUGGUGGGGUUUGGGGAGAAGCACCUGGCGAUUCGGUUCGAGGAAGGCGCAUAUAGAAUAUUUGAUGAGGGCACCCAAGUUUACUUGUAA